AUGAACCCUGUUGUAAAUCAGCCACAAUUUGUGGCUACCACAGGCUAUGGAACCAGAAGUGAUUGGCAAACCGGAGUGUUUGACUGUUUCGAUGACUGUGGAAUUUGCCUCUGUGGGAUAUUCUGUCCCCUUUGCCUCUCCUGCCAAAUCGCCGCUGACAUGAACGAAUGCUGUUUGUGUGGAGCAAGUGUGGCCAUGAGGACCCUCUACCGGACCAAAUAUGGCAUCCCUGGAUCUAUUUUCAGUGAUUUCAUUUGGUUCGGUUUUUGCCCUAACUGUACACUUUGUCAAUUGAAGAGAGAUAUUGAAAAAAGGAAAGAAAUGAAUGCUUUUUAG